AUGCCAUCCAGACCGAGGAAGACCCGGGAACUCCGGGACUACGUGAGCCACAGCUGCACUGGUAAACACCACAAGCACCCACGAGGCCACGGGAAUGCAUCACCACAGGGUCAACCUCUCAAAUACCAUCCAGGGUACUUUGGGAAAGCUGGUAUGAGGCAUUACCACUUCAAGAGGAACCAGAGCUUCUGCCCGACUGUCAACCUGGAUACAUUGUGGACACUGGUCAGCGAGCAGACACGCGUCAACCCUGCAAAGAACAAGACUGGGGCUGCUGUCAUCAUCGAUGCUGUGGACUGGGGCUACUCCAGAGUUCUGGGGAAGGGACAGCUCCCUAAGCAGCCUGUCAUCAUGAAAGCCAAAUGCUUCAGCAGAUGAGCUGAAGAGAAGAUCAAGGGUGUUGGAGGUUAAUUAAGCCACCCAGGGAGAUUAAUUAAAUGCUAACAUUUUCCAAGUGGAAAAAAAA